AUGUUCUUACUGCAAAACCGUGUCCGAAGCGGGCCUCCAGAACGCUCACAACGACAACACCCCAGAAAAAUUGCUCAACCAAAAACUGCCUCGCAAUCCCUCCUAAUAUCGCAAGAUGAUGAAGACGUCGCAUCAAGUGAGAACGCUCGCGAAUCUUCGACAAAUCUUCAAUGCUAUCAUGGAUGCCGUGAACGACAUAAAGAGGGAGCAAGAUCGAAUGGUGGGCCUCUUGUGAAUAAUCGGCCAGAGGACGUAUGCAUUGGAGCUGGACUCGGCAAGCGACAGAAGUGCCUCUACCAGAGACACCUCAGUGCCCAAUCGUAG